AUGUCUACGGGAAUAGCUAUCACUUUUCUUCGUCCACCCCUCGAGGCUGGCGCAAGAUCUUCUGUCUCGAUGGCGGCUUUGAUGCAGUCCAAUAACGAGUCUGUCGCCGUAUCUGGAUCAAACGCUUCCAUCUCUAGCCCAGAGCCUAUCUCCUUCCUUAAGCCCUCAUCAAAACCGGAAACCAAUUUAAGUUCUAUCGCGAGCGCAGGUCUUCACGUCUCACGAUACCAACCGUCUACAAUGAUGAGUUCGGCAUCAGCGCCUGCGGAUCGACCGGUAGAUCAGGACAGGGAAGCCGAACGACAUAGUUCUCAUGUUGCUCAGGAGGCAUUGGGUGCGAGUACAAAAUCACCAGGGCCCUCUGCCACUCACGAUUCCCAGAUCCAUGCAUCGCCGGAGCAGAUGCAGGUAGAUGCGCAUGCGAAUGACCCAUCAUCGGACCCCUACGGAUCAAACGACCAUCAUCAUCAUUCACUCAUCAAUUCCACCGUUGCUAGCCCAGGUCCAAUGGAGGAAUCAACGUCUCAGGACGGAGAUCGAUCUCACCCGCGAGAUAAUUCGGAGAUUGACCAAGAUAGCAAUAAAGCCUUUUCAUAUCCUAUACCAACUGGGGGUAUCAAUGACCCCCGUCGCGGUCUGAGUCUGCCCAACGCGGGCUAUAAUAGAGGCAGUCCGCGCUCCCCAUCCGCCAAAAAACACCGCUGCCCCUAUUGCGCUACGGAGUUCACUCGACAACAUAACUUGAAAAGUCAUCUCCUGACACAUAGCCAAGAGAAGCCUUUCGUCUGUGAGACCUGCCAGUCUCGGUUCCGUCGAUUGCACGACUUGAAGCGACACACCAAACUUCAUACUGGCGAGCGACCACAUAUUUGUCCCAAGUGUGGGCGACGCUUUGCUCGCGGUGACGCGCUUGCAAGACAUAACAAAGGUCAAGGUGGAUGUGCUGGUCGGCGAUCGAGCAUGGGCAGUACCUACGCCCCAGACGAUGACUAUGGUGAUGGUCACCCUGCUGAUGACGGAAUGGACGGAUUGGUGUACGCGGAACCAGAGCGUAUGGACGAGGAGGACGAGCGACGACUCAACAUGCCAAGCGUUCGCAAGCAUGAAGAACAUCUCCCUCGAUCCGACUCUUUCCACUCCCGUCAGUCCAGCACAUAUCCACCGAUCAACACUGCCCGCGGUCUGUACCCUCCUGGUACACAAGUAGGAUCAGGAUCAUCGACCACAGCCUCACAACCUAUAAACAUGACCUUCCCACCAACAGGUCACUCUUCCAGCUCGUCUUUAUUUACCCCCACCAAUAUUAGUGACAGUCCCAAACCUGUGUCUCCGAAUGCGCUCUUACAUCAUGACCCGGGUGCCUCGCAUCGUGCGAACUCUCCCACCAUGCCUCAGUCUUUGCCUCACCCACAGUCAUCUUUCAACCGAUCUGGACAACCAUCCUCAUUAACUCAUUCUUCGGGAUUGCCUCUACCCCCUCCACAGCCAGGAGCACCUCAACUGCCUCCACCUGUUAUUAGUUCUCCCGACGCCCGGUUUGGUGCCCUUCAAGCUGCCAACAGACAUACGUCAUCACACAGUCUAUCCAGUAAUCAUGGCUUAUCUGGGCCGGCACCGGAUCCGACUUCUAAUGAACCCACCCAAAUCGAAAAACUAUGGGCGUACGUUCAUACCAUGCGUGAGGAGUUGACAGGACUGCGAGCCGAAGUCGCAGCAUUGCGCGCACAUAAAGCGUCCACAAAUUCAUCAACGGCACCACCAGUAGAAGUGAAUCAAAUGAAUUCCGGUUCACGGUAG